AUGGCCGUAACGGCUCUGGCCGCCCUGGCCGCGUGCCUGGCCCUCCUGUCCCCGCCGUGCGACUCGGCGUUGACCCCCGAUGGCUUCAAUUCGCCGGUUGACGCGGUCAAGGCAAAGUACAGGGAACAGCUGCGCGCGGUGGCGGAUGAGAUGGCCAGGCGAUACGAGAAUCUGGACGCCCUGAUGGCGAAGGAUGUCUGCGGCUGCAGCUACCACGUCUGCGGGAGCAAGUUUGCGGAAGGGCAAUGUCUGUACAUUCCCAGGGACGGCACGGUGGCCUCCCUGCCCUCGUGGUUCCAGCCCUUCUUCAACUGCGGGCUGCUGGGGCCGUGCGAUCACCACCUGACGUACAUGGAGGAUUCUGUAGUCUGGACACCAAGCCACGUGAUCACAGAAGAUCCGGACUUGAGCUCAGAUGUCAUCGAAGACAUCUGCAUGACUAAGGGCUUGGAAGAGACUUUGAAGCCUCUGGCCAACUACACCGGCCAAUUCGUCUUUCCAAUGUAUUUUGCACAUGCGCGAUCGGGGGUCCUGAGGCAAUGGCCACUGGCCGUACAGCUCAGGACCAACGGGGUGUGCAGACAAUUCGAUCCGAGGGACAAGCAGUGGUACAAAGUGGCGACUUCCGAGCCCAAGAAUGUGGUCAUCAUCGUGGAGACAUCGAGCACCAUGGCCACCAAGCUAUUCCCUGGCGCGGCCGCCGACUCCAAAUCCCGGUGGGACGUCGCCAACGCUACGGUCCGUGGCAUCCUGGAGACCCUCGACAGAAUCAGCGACUCGGUCAAUGUUGUAGCUUUCAAUGGCACUGCUGCGCCGCUGGUGGGGGACGCCCUGAUGCCGGCGCAUCGUAAGAAUCUGUGGCCGCUGACAUGGGCCCUGGACAACGCCACCCUGGGGAAAGGAUCCGAUUAUCGGCAGGCUUUCGAGGUUGCGUUCGACCUGUUUGAGAAGACGUUUGAGAGGGCCAACAUCAAGUCCAGCUGCCAAAAUAUCAUAAUCCACAUUGGGGACGGCAUCGACUGCGUGGCGGGCAGUCAGCAUGCGUGCUCCGUCACAGGUGCAGGGGGCCAGGAAGAGGACGCGGGGGCCCCAAGGGACGGCAUCCAGAGCAUCCUGCAGGCUGUGGAACGGAGACAGAGGCAGUUGGAGCAGGUUUCGAGCCGCGCUGCCAUUUUCACGCUGACCGUGAGGGGGGGUGAGGACAGCCUGGCACGGCAGCUGGCUUGCAAUAAUGGAGGGGUGUGGUUCAGGCUGGACGGCCGCAGCGAGCCGCUGAACAACAUGGCAGCCUACUUUCAGUACUUGGCCUUUUCCAUGGAGUCCCAUGCUGAACAGGCUAAUGCCCCUGCCAUCUUCAGUCCCUUGAUCAUAGACUUCAUCAGCAUCAGGGACGCAACUACUGUGGUGCACCCUGUCUUUGUGCAGGCGAAGUGUGCCAACGGCACACUGUCCAGGAGAAAGGUGUUGUUGGGGGUUGCGGGAAGGGUUGUAACACUGCGGAUGUUGGAGGAAGACGGCCUGAAGGAAUCUCAGGUGAAGGCCAUGAUAGACGAGAAUCUGGCAGAGGUGCGGGCCUGCAAUGAUGGCUACAAGUACAGCAACUGCACAAUGCAG